UAAUUUGCCUCACCGAUGCGUUAUCUUCAUCAAGUCCCCACAUUAUAAUUGCAUAGGGAGACUAACACCAAGAACAGCAACCUCUUUCUCUCCCUAUCGAAGAAAAUCAAGACCCUUCACACUUGAUAAGAUUACGAAAUGUUAAAGUGUGCCCACCAGAAUCUGCCUCUAUCCCCACUCAUGUUCCUGUCUUCGUACUCCAAAACUAAGCGCCUCAUCUCCAACCCCCACUCUUUCACCACCCACCGCCUCCAUUCCUUUCGUUUUUAGCUAACAAAUUAUUGCCCGAGCAGAUCUUACGAACCCCUUCAAGCCUCUCCCUCAACUACCAUCACACCAUGACCAUACUAGUAGUAGAAGUUCACGAUGCUUGUGACCUUAUGCCCAAAGAUGGCCAUGGUUCAGCCAGUCCUUACGUAGAGGUAGAAUUUGAUGAGCAAAGACAGAAGACCCAAACCAAGCCUCAGGAACUUAACCCUAUUUGGAAUGAAAAGCUUGUUUUCAAUGUAAGAAACCCAAGAGAUCUUCCCAACAAGACCAUUGAAGUAGUGGUGUACAAUGAUCGAAAAGGCGGCCACCACAAGAACUUUCUUGGUUGUGUUAGGAUCUCUGGAAUCUCUGUGCCUUUAUUAUCUGAUUCCGAGGCCAUUGAUCCUCAGAGAUAUCCUCUUGAUAAACGUGGCCCCUUUUCGCAUGUCAAAGGUGAUAUAGCACUCAAGAUUUAUGCAGCACAUGAUGGAAGCCACCCUCCUGCUCCUCCUCCUCCGACAAAUGCUGGCAAUAUUGAGACUGAAGCAACUCCAGUAUCUCAAGAAAUCAAGACCAACAUGCUUCAAGAAGAUGUUAUUGAUGAUCACGAGAAGAAGAAGAAGAAGAAAAAUAAGGAUAAAGAAGUGAGGACUUUUCACACUAUAGGGACUGCAACUGCUGCUCCCGCUCCUCCUGUGUCUACCGGGUUCGGAUUUCAGCCUCACGUUAUGAAAGAAAUGGCUCCUACAGUUGAGACAAGGACUGAUUUUGCUCGAGCAGGGCCCCCUCCUGCUAUGCAUAUGCAGAUGCCUAGGCAGAAUCCUGAAUUCUUGUUGGUAGAGACCAGUCCACCGGUGGCUGCACGUAUGCGAUACAGAGGAUGGGACAAGAUGGCAAGUACUUAUGAUUUGGUGGAGCAGAUGCAUUACUUGUAUGUGAGUGUGGUUAAGGCCAGAGAUCUUCCUGUUAUGGAUGUUUCUGGGAGUCUCGAUCCAUAUGUUGAAGUUAAGCUGGGGAACUAUAAAGGAAAGACUAAAUACUUGGAGAAGAACCAAAACCCGGUGUGGACGCAAAUUUUUGCAUUCGCAAAGGAUAGAUUGCAGUCCAAUUUACUUGAAGUUACUGUGAAGGAUAAGGAUUUUGGCAAGGAUGAUUUUGUGGGCAGAGUUUUUUUUGAUCUGUCGGAAGUCCCUCUUCGAGUGCCACCGGAUAGUCCUCUGGCUCCUCAGUGGUACAUAUUGGAGGACAAGAAGGGGAUCAAGACCAGAGGAGAGAUUAUGCUUGCAGUUUGGAUGGGAACACAGGCUGAUGAGUCAUUUCCUGAGGCAUGGCAUAGUGAUGCUCAUGACAUUAGUCAUACGAACCUUUCCAACACACGAUCGAAGGUCUACUUUUCGCCGAAGCUGUAUUACCUUCGAGUUCAUGUCAUUGAAGCCCAAGAUCUGGUCCCCUCCGAUAGGGGCCGCUUGCCAGAUGUGUAUGUAAAAGUUCAACUUGGUAAUCAGUUAAGGGUCACUAAGACUUCGCAGAUGCGAACCAUUAAUCCAAUUUGGAAUGAUGAGCUUAUACUUGUUGUGUCUGAGCCUUUUGAGGAUUUCAUAAUUGUGUCUGUUGAGGACAGGAUAGGACAAGGCAAGGAUGAGAUACUGGGAAGGGUCAUUUUAUCAGUUAGGGAGGUACCAACAAGACUGGAGACGCAUAAGCUCCCAGAUCCUCGCUGGUUCAGUCUCCUCAGGCCUUCGUUCAUAGAAGAGGGUGACAAGAAGAAAGAUAAAUUCUCAAGCAAGAUCCUACUCUGUCUCUGUUUAGAUGCAGGGUAUCACGUCCUUGAUGAGUCUACGCAUUUUAGCAGUGAUCUGCAGCCGUCAUCCAAGCACCUGAGGAAGCAAAAUAUUGGAAUCCUUGAACUUGGGAUUCUCAGUGCACGAAAUCUGCUGCCAUUGAAGGGAAAGGAUGGCAGGACUACUGAUGCGUAUUGUGUGUCCAAAUAUGGCAACAAAUGGAUUCGAACCAGAACAAUUCUCGAUACUCUGAAUCCUCGUUGGAAUGAGCAGUAUACUUGGGAUGUUUAUGAUCCUUGCACUGUGAUCACCAUUGGUGUCUUUGACAAUUGCCACAUUAAUGGAAGCAAAGAAGAUGCAAGAGAUCAGAGAAUUGGGAAGGUAAGGAUUCGGCUAUCAACUUUGGAAACUGAUCGAAUAUAUACACAUUACUAUCCAUUGCUAGUUCUUACCCCUUCUGGAUUAAAAAAGCAUGGGGAACUUCACUUGGCAUUAAGGUUUACAUGCACAGCUUGGGUUAAUAUGUUGGCUCACUAUGGCAUGCCAUUGCUUCCCAAAAUGCACUAUUACCACCCAAUUUCUGUUAGGCACAUUGAUUGGCUCCGCCACCAGGCAAUGCAGAUAGUGGCAGCAAGGCUGUCAAGAUCUGAGCCACCGCUUAGGCGUGAAGUUGUGGAGUACAUGUUAGAUGUGGAUUACCAUAUGUGGAGCUUGAGGAGAAGCAAAGCUAAUGUUCAUCGCAUGAUGUCAAUGCUUUCAGGGGUCACGGCUGUCUGUAAAUGGUUUAAUGACAUUUGCUGCUGGAGAAAUCCAAUAACAACAUGUCUAGUGCAUGUGUUGUUCUUCAUUCUGGUUUGCUAUCCAGAGUUGAUACUGCCCACAAUCUUUCUCUAUCUGUUUGUGAUUGGGUUAUGGAAUUAUCGGUUCAGGCCAAGGCACCCUCCUCACAUGGAUACUAGGCUCUCACAGGCAGACAACGCCCAUCCAGAUGAACUUGAUGAGGAAUUUGAUACAUUCCCAGCAUCCCGGCCAUCGGACAUUGUGAGGAUGAGAUAUGACAGGAUGAGAAGUGUUGCUGGUAGGGUGCAGACAGUGGUUGGAGAUUUGGCAAGCCAAGGGGAAAGAGUUCAGGCGCUGCUAAGCUGGAGGGAUCCAAGGGCUACGGCAAUCUUUAUCCUCUUUUCAUUAAUCGGGGCUGUACUUAUUUAUGUCACUCUAUUCCAGGUAGUGGCGGUGCUGGUUGGACUCUACGUGCUUCGACAUCCCAGGUUCAGGAGCAGGAUGCCCUCUGUGCCUGUCAACUUCUUCAAGAGAUUACCGUCCAGAGCAGAUAUGUUACUUUGAGUUGGAAACUGCUAUGACUUACAACACUUUAUUUACUUGAUUCUGGACAAGGAAAUAUGAUCUAGUAAAUAAUUCCACCAAUUUCAUGAUAGCAGAAGAAAGGAGGAAAGCAGCUAGGCACUUCUUGCCUCACACCCAAUCCACAAAACAAUCUCGCUUUUGCUGAAUAUGCAUAUCCCACGUUUCUUCAAUCCCAUGUAGGAAACCCAACUAUUCUUUUUGCUCUUUA